GCGCCGCGCGCCAUCACGAGCCCUUCUCCUCUUCCCCACGCGAAGUCGCGAGCGAUGCGGAGGGGAGCGCUCGGAUGCGGCUACUGGACGGCGCGGCGGCUCGUGCUGCGCCGGGCGUGACGAGAUGCUGCGGAGUCGUCGGGAGUGAUAAUGACCGCCUUCAGCGGGCGCCGCGAUGGGUGAGGGAGGUGCGCCGCCAGCUCGGGCCGGAAUAACAGUGAGCCGCUGUGCCUGCCGGCCGCGCGACGGUGCCACCCCCGCUCUCCGGACGGGGCACAGUGGCGGAGAUGUGACGCGCCGGCGCCGGAAUUCAAACAACCAUCAGUGUCGGAAAUAGACGGGCGAGGCAGCGGAGCCAUGGAGCGGCAGAGCCGAGCCAAGGGGGGGACGCCGGCGACGAGGGAGGACAAGCGCAAAGACAAGAAGCCGAAGUCGGGUAAGCUCUUCCGAAGGAAACCGCUGAAGUCCGUCGGGAGUUUCAUGAACAGAAUAAUUAAAACUUUGGGCACUUUGACCCACUUUGGAGACGCGGGCGCGCGGGACGCGGAGGACGACGACGGGGGGUUCCGGAACGGCGCGGCGUGCGCCCUCGGCGCCGGCCCGGGCUCCGCCGGGGAGGACGCGCGUCCGGCCCGGGAGCGCGUGGUGAAGAACACCGCGAGCACGUCGUCCUCCCUGUGCACCGGCCGGGACAAACUGCUCCACCAGUUCGCCGACAAGAUCCCGGGUGUCGUGGGCCUGAAGAACCACGGGAACACCUGCUUCAUGAACGCCGUGGUCCAGUGUCUGAACAACACGGACCUGCUGGCCGAGUACCUGGGGCUGGAGCGGUACAAGCUGGACCUCGGGCACGCCGCAGUACGCGCGCACGGGAGGAGCGCAGAGACGCGGCCCGCCGGGGGGGAAGUCACGGAGCAGCUGGCGUCGCUGGUGAGGGCUCUGUGGACGCUGGAGUACACCCCGCAGCUGUCUGUGGACUUUAAGACCGUAGUGUCCAAGUACGGAUCGCAGUUUCGUGGCAACUCGCAGCACGACGCCCUGGAGUUCCUCCUGUGGCUGCUGGACCGCGUCCACGAAGACGUCAAUCUGGCCUCCCACAAUAACAACAACAAGACCAAAGCCCCCGGAAAGGGCCCCGGUGGAGCUGAGGAGGUGCUGUUUCCUGACCCGUCGCAGUCCGAGCAGCUCAGAAUCCAGCACAGCUUUGUCCAGGAACAUUUCCAGGCACAGUACAAAUCUUCGCUGACAUGCCCCCACUGCAUGAAGCAGAGCAACACCUUCGACCCCUUCCUGUGCAUCUCGCUCCCAAUUCCUCUGCGCCAGACCAGGUCGCUGUGUGUGAUUCUGGUGUUCAGCACCAAAGGUCAGAGGUACCUGCGGGUCGGGCUGGCCGUGCCUCUGUUUGGCUCCGUGGCCUUCCUGAGGAGGAUGGCGGCUGACGAGGGGAAAAUUUCCCCAGACCAGGUGAUCCUGACGGAGGUUUACUCCACAGGCUUCCAGCGCUCCUUCUUCGAUGAGGAGGAUCUGACCAGCAUAGCUGAGAAUGAUGUCAUCUAUGCCUUCCAGGCUCCGCCCCUCUACAUCAGAGGAGGCUCGGCACGGAUCUCAGGAUACCACCACAGCCUCCCGUCAUCUCCGUACUGCACUGGUCCCGAGGGGCAGAGGCUUCCUUCGUCGGGGACGGUGUCCUCAGAGUUCCUCAACCAAGGCGUCCCCGUCAAGAUUCUGCUGCUGGUGUGCAACGCCGCAGGCGGCGGCCAGCAGGCUGUCAGGUUUGGACCUCCGUUCUUGAUGAGGGAGGACCGAUCCAUCUCCUGGGACCAGCUGCAGCAGAGCAUCCUCAGCAAGCUUUAUUACCUGAUGAUCAAUGGGGCUCAGGCGCAGAACACCAGAGUGCUGUUCAACGUCCGCGUGGUGGGAGGAUCGGCGUUUUACAGCUACCUGUCUCCUCAGGACGGGCGGCCUCUCUUCCACCCCGCUGUCGACAGAGCUCUGAAGCUCUGCUGCUCAGGAGGACCCCCGCAUGUGAAGCUCAUCAUCGAGUGGGAGCACAGAAUCAAAGACUGCCUGUUCGGUAACAUCCAGGAGGAGGUGGUGAAGGACGCGGACAGCGUGAGGAAUCAGCAGCAGCAUCACGUCCAACAGUACAGCUGCACGCUGGACGAGUGCUUCCAGCUCUACACCAAAGAGGAACAGCUGGCCCCGGACGACGCCUGGAAGUGCCCCCACUGUAAGCAGCUGCAGCAGGGCAUGGUGAAGAUGAGCCUGUGGACGCUGCCGGACAUCCUCAUCCUCCACCUGAAGCGCUUCAGGCAGGUGGGGGAGCGGAGGACCAAGCUCACCACCUUCGUGCACUUCCCCCUGGCGGGCCUGGACAUGGCGCCGCACAUGGUGAGCCGCGGCCCCCAUCAGCCCCCUCUCCAGCCGGGCUGGACUCAGCCCCGACGGCCUGACCUGGCUCCUCCCGACUUCCUGUACGACCUGUACGCUGUGUGCAACCACCACGGAGGAAUGCACGGCGGCCAUUACACAGCCUUCUGUAGGAACUCUGUGGACGGCCAGUGGUACGGCUUUGACGACAGCAGUGCCGAGCCGGUGCCUGAAGCGGACGUGUGCACACGUGGAGCCUACAUCCUCUUCUAUCAGAGGAGGGACACCAUCCCCCCCUGGUCCGCCAGUUCUUCAGUCACCGGUUCCACCAGCUCGUCCGCCUCUGACCACUGGCUGGUCCGGCUGGCCGGGGGCAGUAAGAGGGGCAGCGUGGUGUCGGGGGGACCUGCACCUCCGGGUUCCAUUCAGGUCCCAGAGUCUCCUGAGCUGCCAGUGUUUGGAGAGGACCCCCCCAGAACGGCAGAAACAAACGGGCUGGCGGCCGAGCCGUUUGUCCGUGGGACCCCGGGCAGGAGUGUGAGCAUGAGAUCGCCAACGAAGCCCAAGGAGACUCUGAGCAAAGUUCUGCCACUGCGCUGGUCCUUUGCCUCCAAGGACCGCGUUAGAAACCCAGCCCCGACCCGGCCGGGGGAGCUGGUGGAGUACCUGGAGUCUGGGCGCCGCCCCCGCUGCACCAAAGACCCUAUAAUAGCACUGGUGGGCCCCCCGCCACAGACGGGUGCCCCGGGAAGAUCCUUUGAGGCGGCACACGACUGCAGCUCUCCCAGCGGCAGCAGCAGCCUCAGCUACAACGACAGGACCGGCUCCGACACUUGUUACUCCCCCAAAAUACCGGAGGGGCAGAGCCGAGGUUGUGUCGCCAACCGGGAUGACGGUUCCCUGAGGUACAGGUCAUCCAAGAGAGCGAGGCCGGACCACGGCAGGAACCCGGACCUCCAGCUUCAGAGAGGGGCCCUCCUGAUGGGUCACCUGAGCCACAGCGCACCUCCCAGCAGGGAUUCCACGCUGAGAAGGACCAAGGUCCAGACGGGGGUCACUUUCAGGACGCAGAAAGACUCGUUACAGGCGGCCACUGAGCCCGGAGACAGGAAGGGGCCGAGGGCUCAGGAGGGCCGCAGCCACGACAGCCUCCUGUCUUUCUUCAGACCCGGUUUCAUGAAGAAGGACAUUUCCAGGUCACCGGUCAAGGGGCACGACCGGCGCGCCAACGGCCAGGGCCACCUGGAGAAACUGGCGAGCGGCCACUUGGCCAAACUGUCCCUCUCCAACGGAACGCUGACCGCGGCGAGCGGUGCCCUGGCGGGCUGCGACGGCCGCAACUGCAAAGGACAGCUGCUCAACGGGGGGGCCGGGGUUCACGAGGCGGCGGACAUGACGCGCGCUCACAGCUCCAGCGACAUCCAGGCGAGGCUGGAUUUGACAUUUCGCAGGUGCGCCUCCCUGCAGAGGAACGGAGACGUGGUGGCGCCCCCGGCCCGCCGCGUCCUGCUGUGCGACAAGCCGAGCUACGGCACUCUGCAGCGCACGCGCUACAGCACCGCGUCGCUGGUGCCUCUGUGACGGCCCUGAGGGACACCAGGACCUCUACUGAUUUCUACACUCUCCACCCAUGGAGGCCCCCAGCAGGAGAAGUACAUCCUACCCGCUCCCCUCUCAUGUGCGGUUUGCAGUUCUUGCCUGCGUGUGUCUUAAAAGUAAAUCUAUGCAGAGUUGAAUUUACAGAGGAGGAACACUGCUGUAAGGGGAUUUUCUUCUUCCUGUUUUGUUUUGCGACGCUGUCUACUGGUAACCGGUUGUUUUGCUACAGCUGAUGGUGAUUUGGUAAAUUGAGUCCUUUUAUACAUUCAUAAAACCAUCGUCUCUCACCCGAGCAAAAUCAUCAAUCAACACUGCUAAACGUAACAUCUGUAAACCAGCAGCUAAACAACACACACACAUUUGCUUUGUCAUUUACUAUCAUAUUCACAUUAUAAUACAAAUGCACUUUCUUUUUGUUUUAUUUUUGAAUUCCAUAUUUUUCUACAUGAUCUGAGCAUAACUGCCGAGUGACGUUGCUAAUGGAGGAACAUCUACAUUACAGCAAGAAAUGUCCAUCUGGGUAUCAGCUUAUUCAAUGUGUCUUUGCUCUGUAACCAGCAGAGAACUAGUAGUGGUCUGUGGAAGCUACAAUAGAGGAAGAUCAUCUCCCUAAAUAACACAAAACUAAAAAAAAGCCCUUCCUCUUGAAAACACUUGUUCCGUUGAAUCAGCAGGUGAGCUUGUUCAGACCAAAAAGGAACACAGCUCGCUGAGGAAUAGAAAACGGGCUCCUCUGCUGGAAACACGGGAGCCUCCGGUGAGGACAGAUUUGAAUUCUCCCUGAUGAAGUGCCAACAAUAACACGGCCGGCUUCAAAAACACAGCUCAGUUUUCUCUUUCAGCAUCAAACAGAGGAUUCAAAUUGUGUGCACACACACACACACACACACACA